AUGCAGGCCAAUAAUAUGACUUUUUCUGAUAUCAGUGAGAAUGUUCGUAGACGUAGGGCAACUGUGAACUUGUCACGUUCCCUUGGUUGUCACAGAACCACUUAUAAUCGGAGGUGGAAUAAAAUGAGAGCUGCUUUCAUGAAAAAAUAUCACUUUCCUUCGGUCAGUGAGUUUGCGAAUGAAAGCACCGUAAAAGUAAAGAGAGAAGUCAGUUGUAAUGAAAGUACUUCGAUUAGUACACCGUCCACUAGCAACUUCAAUCAAAGGCUUCCAGCUAAUAGUGGAUGUACUGAAGUGAACUUGUGCUCAACGAAUUUCGUGAAUCGCAAAGAACAGAUGAACGACUUUAUGAUGUAUCUAAUGUCAAAUACAUCACUGAGCAUAAAAGAUGCUGAUCGGGUUCUGUAUGGUCUAAGAUUUCUUAUCCCGGACAUACCGAAAAGUAUCAGAGGCGUUUUGAAGACAUGUCCAAGUGUUCAACGCAAGUUCAUCGGCAGUGGGGUUUACUACCAUCUAGGAUUGAAAACCAAUCUGCUAAGAUACGUUGAGCUUUGGUUGUGUACUAUUGAUUUUGACUCUUUAAAGUUGUAUGUCAAUAUAGAUGGACUUUCUAUGUCUAGAAGCUCCAAUCAACAGUUAUGGCCUAUACUUGGACGGAUCAUUGCCCCUCGGCUUAGUGACGUGUUCAUGAUAGGGAUCUACGGAGGGAAUAGUAAGCCGGCAGAAUUCAACGAAUUUUCUGCAGACACAAUUUCUGAAAUAAAAGAAAUGACUGACGUGGGUCUUUUUAGUGUUAAGUUUAAUAAAUGUAUAGCUAUUACGUUGGCGGCUGUUAUAUGUGACGCACCUGCUCGUUCUUCUGUUAGGUACACGGUGAAUCAUAACGGUAAGGCAGGUUGCGAUAGGUGUACUGUUCCUGGGAGACGACUGGAGGGUAAGAUGACCUUUCCAAAUGGGGUAUAUACUGUAAGAACAGACGACACCUUCCGUCGUCAGACUCAGCCAACUCACCAUCAAGGACAUUCUAUAAUGGAAACGCUUUCUAUUAAUAUGAUUGUAACUUUUCCUCUAGAUCCUAUGCACAUGGUGUACCUUGGUGUUACCAAAAAACUAGCUAAUUUAUGGAUAAAUUUAGCACACCGAAGACUGCGGAACUUUAACUCAUGUGCAAUUCGGGACAUAAAUAAUUUAAUAUCUCGUUGUGUGGCAAGUACUCCUUCUGACUUUCCCCGUAAAUGCCGCACACUAGACUUUGUAUCGGCAUGGAAAGCUUCUGAAUGUAGAUUGUUCCUUCUGUAUAUAGGCCCGGUGAUUCUUGAAAAAACAUUGCCACAACCUUUUUAUCUUAAUUUUCGGCGUUUAGCGUUAUCCAUGUAUCUGCUUGCACAUCCACAAUUACAUAAAAGUUUUGUAGAAACCGCCAAAAUAGAUUUAGUAAACUUCCUGAAUGAAUACGAAUGGUGUUAUGGGUGUGAAAACUUAGUCUACAAUGUGCAUUCGUUACAGCACCUCCCUGACGACGUUCGUGCACAUGGACCUUUAGAUAGUUUUUCAGCCUUUCCAUUCCAGUCUUAUAUGAGAAAAAUUAAGGAUUCCGUGCGUAGUGGGUUUGCAGUAGCUAAGCAAGCAGCACAGCGUUAUGCUGAGAGAAUGUCCUUCAGCGAUAGGCUUCAAAUUAGUGGUUUAACAAAUACUACCGCAAUAGGCCAUAAAGAUGUCUCCAGUAAACAAGUAAUUAUGUGUAACAACAGUAAAAUAACUUCAUGCCAGCCUGAUAAUGUAGUAGUAGUUAACGGCCAGCCAGGUUUAGUCACUGAUAUAAAGGAGGAUGGACUACUAAAAUUUAGGACUUUCACUGACCCACGCAAUUACUUUGAAGAUCCUUUCCCAUCUAG